UCGUGAGAGAAAGUUCAAGAGUGUUAUUAGAGAGAGAUUACAUAGUGAAAAGAGAGAAUUGAAACUAGGUACUGAGAGAGUUUAAACCAGAUAGAGAAUCUGAACUCCGCCCUUGACAAUCAUGCCUGAAACUCCACACGCAAAAUGCCAAACCUCUUUCCAUUGCUUCCCCAUUUAUCGGUUUCUCUCUCCACUUGCUCUUAUGGCCACCAAGUCCAUCAGUCUUGCCUCUCCCUCCUCAACAAAUGCACGUCCUUGAAACAACUAAAACAGGUUCAGGCCCAAACUUUCAAAGAAGCCAUUGGCACUGACCCAUAUACAUUAAGCAAGCUCAUUGAGUUCUGUGCUUUAUCGACAUCUAACCUCUUGUUCUAUGCUUUCUCUCUCUUCAUUUUAAUUCCCGAACCCAACCUCUUCGUCUACAACACCAUGAUUCGAGGAUCAGUGAGAAAUGAUCGACCCUGCGAGGCGAUUCUGCUCUAUAAUCAGAUGAGAGAGAGAAACAUAUUGCCCAACAAUUUCAGCUACCCUUUUCUCUUCAAUGCCUGUGAGAAAACACUGGCCAUUAACCAUGGCCUAAAGCUCCAUGGCGGUGUUCUGAGAAGUGGGUUUUGUUCUGAUCCCUUCGUUAUGACAACCCUUUUGACCAUGUAUGCUAAAUUUGGAAUGUUGCAGAGUUCAGCCCAUGUAUUUGAUGAGAUGGCUAUGAGAGAUACAGUCUCAUGGAAUAGCUUAAUUGGUGCAUAUAUAAACCAUGGGGACAUGGAGAAAGCUCAGUGGUACUUUCAUAGAAUGCCAAAGAGAAGCCUGGUUUCGUAUAAUUCAAUGCUCUCGGGCUAUGCAGAUAAAGGGGAGAUGGAUAAAGCUUGGCUUUUGUUCAGAGAGAUGAAGGAGAAGGAUGUGAUUUCUUGGAAUUCGAUUCUGGGGGGCUACACCAAAAAAGGAGACGUGGAAAUGGCUAGAACAAUCUUUGAUAAAAUGGGUGAGAGAGAUGUGGUUUCUUGGACUUCCAUGAUCAAUGGCUAUGUUCGAAGUUGGCGGUUCAACGAAGGUUUGAUGCUCUUUCGAGAAAUGCAGGUCUUGAAAACUAAGCCUUCCGAAAUCACCAUGCUUAGUGUUCUCUCAGCUUGCUCCAACUUGGGGGCUCUAAAUUUAGGCCGAUGGGUUCAUGACUAUAUUGAAAAGAGUGGGUUCAAGCUUAACAAGGCUCUAGGCACUGCGCUCAUAGACAUGUACGGGAAGUGUGGAGACAUGGAUAGAGGACUAGAGGUUUUCAGAGAGAUGGAAGGCCAUGAGAGAGAUGUAAUAGCUUGGACUGCAACUAUCGGUGGCCUUGCAAUAAACAGUCGGAGCAGAGAAGCUCUUGAGUUCUUCUCUAAGAUGGUGAGCAAAGAUGUAAGGCUGAGGCCAGAUGGAGUCACCUUUCUUGGUGUUCUUAGUGCCUGUUCUCAUGCUGGUCUUGUAAAGGAGGGGCUUCAAUAUUUCAAGAGUAUGAGCAGGGAGUACAAUAUUUCGCCUGAAAUUGAGCAUUAUGGAUGCAUGGUUGAUCUACUAGCUCGAGCUGGCCUCUUAAAAGAAGCCGAAGAGUUUGUUAAAAGAAUGCCUCUUAAGCCUGAUGCAGUGAUAUGGGGUUCUCUGUUCUCGGCUUCUCGAAUUCAUAACAAUGUGGAGUUAGGAGAGAGAGUGAUUGAACAUCUUACAGAGAUGGAACCCAAGAAUUUAGGGAAUUAUGUGGUUCUUUCAAAUGUAUAUGCAGCAGCCGGUAGGUGGAAUGAUGUUGCAGAGGUGAGAAGAGCGGUGCGGGAGAAAGGAGUUCGAAGGACACCUGGUUGUAGCUCAAUUGAGACAAGUAAUGAAGUUCAUGAGUUUGUUGCUGGAGAUCUCUCGCACCCACGAUCAGUUGAAAUAUAUAAGAUGUUGGACGACUUAGCUAGUGGGCUUCAGCUAGAAGGGUAUUUUCAGGACCCUUACUUCUUCAUGCAAGAGACAGAUUGAUAUGUGGUGCGAGAGAAAAAGGAUGGAAAAAAUUGCAAUGUAUAAUAAAUAUGUUCAGCCACAGGCAAGGCUGCCAAGAAAAUUGUAUUAAGAUGCAUUCAUUAUUGGAUCCCCAUAACUUGAUUGAACAAGUAAAGUACUCCUCUGUUUUGAUCCCUUUGAGAAAAUGCCAUGGAAAAUUGCGAAAAUUAAAUCAGAUGAGAAACUGAGAAAAUCCAAGCUGAAGGCAAUUGCUCCAUCUUUUGUGGCAAAAAGUAAAGAAAUAGCAAAGAGAUAACUGCUGCAACCCAACAGCAAUAAGAAAAUUGAAGAAAAUAAGAUAUAUAGAUAUAAUACGGCUUCUUCCUUUGAUUUCUUCUAAGCUGUGUUCAAGGAUCUGCAACCACAAAGAUUGGAAUUACUAGAACCAUGACAUGAUCAGGAUGAAAUUGAGUUGGAGGAAAAGCAAAAUCAUUAAUCACAUAAAAACUGGAUUAAAGAACUGGAAAAAUUGAGUGGUUUACGACUUCAUGAGGGAUAAAUGAGGUUUUUGCAAUUUUCAAUUAAUCUAGUCGCUAUUUCGGAGUUAAAGAGGGUACCAAAGAGGUUGAGGGAGGGUACCUAGUCACCAUGGCAAAGAAGUUUCACCGUUUUAUUCAACAAAAAAAAUCAUGGGAUCAAUGCUUUCUCCUUGCCCCUUGUGCACUAAGAUUUCUCCUAGCAGUAAUCCAGAUGAAUCCAAAAUGAGAUAAAACUCCAAUGAGAUCCCAAUCCAUUAUGGGUGCUUAAACAUGACAUAAAAUUGGCCCUUGAAAUCGCUUGAGCUAGACAAAGCCAUGGCCAAAGCUGAACGGAGAAGAAUGGAGCCAAAAGGAGAAUAAAAACCAAUCUGUACACCUUCAACCCUCUCAUAACUAACUUGAGAGUUGAGAGAUCAUAGAUGGAGUACCAAGAGAGAGAAAAAUGUGAUGUGUUUAAACUGUAAAGCACUUAUUGUUGCACAGAUGUUGUGGAUUCCAACUUGAACCAUGUUUACCUUGAACAAAAAGAACAGAACUACAAAAAGGAAUGCAUUUUAAACUAAUCCUGUUGCAGGAAAUUGUCCCACAAAGCGAGGAUGGGGAUUGAAAGAUAUACAUCCUUAGGGGCCGAUUGGGUACC